AUUGUUGCAAGGCGUCUCUUAUGUAACUAAGCAAAUGCUUGCCCCGAAACACGAGCAGCGCCACACUGCACCUGUAAACUGGAUACGGUGAACUGUGUCUACGGAACGGCUAAUACUGCACAGCGGCCGGGCAUACUCGCACCUCAGACAUACGGCGACCGCCAGUCCACUUGCGACAGUGACAGUAUGUUGUGGUCCUAUUCUAACCGUCGACUCCUAGCCUUCUGCACCAUUGUAGUCUGGGCCCAUUGCGGGCUUGCGUCCGCAGACACACCAGCAAACUGCUCCUUCGAUGCCAUCAGCGGAAAAUGGAUGUUUUAUAUCGGCCCGGGAGGCCACACGAACAAGAUCAACUGCUCUCAGCCAUGGCACUCUGUAUCUCAAUGGAGCGUCAUGCUGCAUUUCCCGGAUGUUGCAGUUGAUAAGAACGGUUUAACUGGAUUUUGGACGCUGAUCUACAACCAGGGGUUCGAGGUUGUCAUCCAUGGCCGCAAGUUCUUUGGCUUCUCGGACUACGAGGUGAUCAGUCGGAAACACGUCAUCAGCCUCUGCAAUAUCACCAAAGGAUGGGUGCAUAAUAGCGAUGGGCGGAACUGGGCGUGUUUCCGGGGUGUGCGUGUCUCGGGGCCAGGGGUCGCCGACCCCCCAGCGAGCUACACAGUGGAGAAUGUGGACGAAAAGCGGCUGUACAAACAGAACGAAGAUUUCAUAGAGAAAAUAAAUCAGUACCAGUCCAGCUGGAACGCCAAGAGGUACAGUAUGUACGAUAACCUCACGAUGGGGGAUAUUCAGCGCAGGGCCGGCGGCAGGAAAUGGAAGAAUGCCUAUCCUCCGCCAACCAUCCCUGAUGAAAAGACCAGAGCUGAAAGUGCGAACCUUCCUGAUCACUUUGACUGGCGCAAUGUGGGGGGUGUCUCGUUCGUUCCACCCGUGCGGGACCAGGGCAUCUGCGGCUCGUGUUACGCCUUCGCCUCCACGGCACUCCAGGAGUCCAGGUACCGGGUCUUGACUAAUAACUCUAUUCGACUGGUGCUGUCACCUCAAGAAAUCGUCAGCUGCUCCAUGUACUCUCAGAAGUGUGACGGCGGGUUUCCAUACCUGAUUGCAGGAAAAUAUGGCCAGGACUUCGGGCUAGUAGACGACUCUUGCUUCCCGUACACGGAGUAUAACGAGCCGUGCCGGCCCGUGACCUGCCGCCGCUUCAAGACAUCUGACUACCGCUACAUCGGUGGCUUUUAUGGCGCCUGCAACGAGGACCUGAUGAAGAUUGAACUGCUCCGGAAUGGCCCUGUCGCUGUCAGCUUCGAGGUCUAUGACGAUUUCCUGUACUACAGGGGCGGCAUUUACAAGCACACAAUGCUGACAGAUCGGUACAACCCCUGGCAGACAACGAACCACGUGGUACUGGUGGUUGGCUACGGCUACGCUGGGGACGACCCGGACACCGGCGAAAAGUACUGGAUCGUACAGAACACGUGGGGCGAGAGCUGGGGCAUGGAAGGGUACUUUAAAAUCCGGAGGGGAACGAACGAGUGUCACAUUGAAAGUAUGGCUGUAGCGACACUGCCUCGUCCAUAAAGCAAAUAAUAACACCAUACUUAGCUAGAUCCAUCCGUUGGAGUGAGAACAGGAUACAAAAGUGGAUACAAAGUGGUCAUUCUAAUGACCAUGCAGAUUAGUGAAAUUUAUCAUUUCAAGUUUACCACGCUGGUAUUCACCUUAGACACGGUUUGAAACCUCCCACAUAUUAUUUGGCCUUCAAACCAACCACAGUAGAAACAGAACAACCGUCAAUGCGUGGUACCCUGACGUCACUACACGCCUAUCUAGUCUUUCUAUGUCCUGGGCGUUGUAAGAGCUUGCUUAUUGGCACAAUAAAAACAAAAGCACUAAACCUCUUCAACAUUUGCAGUGCAUCAUGGGACUGAAUACCAACGAGCCAUAUAUGAACCUAAGGAAGUGAAGCAGCCAGGUGAAGUGAACCGAUCAAACGUAAAGUAACAUCUUCUUCAGAAAAGUAGUGAAGUACCUUUUGAUCAAGUCGCUGAUAACUGCAUAGAACAUAUAUAUCAUUAUAUACACAUAUGAACUGGCAAUUCGGUCACUAGUGCACGUCUAUGUCCCUGAGGGGCCGUAAGUGACCAGAAGGGGGUCUUAUUUUCCUCAGCCUUCGGCCUCGGGGCUUCUUGUCACUCACAGGCCCGAAGGGCAUAGGUGUGUACCGAAUUUGGCCAGUUGGUAUGUGUUUAAUAACACACUUCAAACUAGAAAAAUGGUCUUUCAGGGUUUAAACUGUUUUAAUUCAACUUUCUAUGGCAUUUCAAAAAUUGAAGAAAAAAAAUUAAAGGCUCAUUUUUUAGUGUCCCGUGACGCAGUCUAAUUUUGAGUUGCUAUAGGGCCCUCAACAAGGAAGAGAAUUUUUCCAGAAUUUGAACUGUUUAAAUUCAACUUUUCACCCAAUAUCAUUUCCAAAAAUUUCGUUUUAAAAUGAACCAUAGCAACCUCCAGAGGGCGCAAUAACCAGUCAAGACUAUAGUGCCUGACCGGGCACUAGACGCUAGAUUUGAUGCGCACGCAUGUCUAAGGGCGUGUCGAGUCACACUGAUGCCAAAUUCAUCUACUAACCCAUAUUAGUGAACCACGCUUGACAGUAUUUCAGCCAACCAAGAUAAAGAACAGGAAGAUGUGCGGUUUAGCAAUUGUACUAAUAAAAAAGACACGGUCCAGUCACUGUACGUUAAAAAAUUAAAAACGUGAUUGAUUGCAAAAAUGCAUAAUUAGCGUUAUCUGUCGUUCAAUUCCAUGAUGCAUUGCAAAUGUUGAAAAGGUUUAUUGCUGCUCUUCUAAAGGUAUGCCAUAUUGCAUAUUAAAAGCUUGUGUAUUUGGCUAGUUUAGCAUUAUAAUGAUGCACGUGACGCAUGCAUACAGCUAAUAAUAUAAAGUAUUAAAAAAUAUGGUACCAAAAGCCUUAUCUUAGAGUUAAGCAGGUGAUAAAACAACCUCAUGGGUUAUCACUCUUGCUGUUUUUUGUAAAUAGGCUUAAGAAUAAUUAUCAUUUUCAAAUACGCAUUUAUAUCAAUUUCUGUAUGCCUCCCUUCCAAGACCCGUUCUGACAAUUACAUCCGGUGCUUCGCAGUGUCAUAUUGUAUUGGUUUAUUUGAGGUUCAUAACUGUAAUGUAAAACUGUUUAAUUGUUUGGGGUUUUUUAAACGUGAAGUUGGGAUGAGGAUUGCUUGGUUAGAGUUUUGACCAGACAGCAAAGAAAAUUCAUGCUUUUGUGUGACAAGUAAAAUGUUCUCACUUGACAAUGGCCGCACAAAGGCCAGUUCAUACUUUUAAGAAAACGGAAAAGCGACGCCAAUCUGACGCCGGGAAGAAAGUGUUUAAAGUUUGCGCUUUGGUAACACGAUGUCACAAUUUCGCUUUCACAAUCGCUAUCGCACCUAGAAUGAACCGGCCUUUAAAAGUUGUGAUCAUUUUUAAAGUUUCUUGAAACGUCUACGCGUAGAUGCCAGUGAUUAUUUUAUAUAAUAAAAAUCAAUGCUCACAAUAAUUAAAGUAAAGGUACGUUAUGAAUAUUGACAUAUUAAAUCACUCUUCGCAUUUAACGUGACGUGGUGCAAAGCUUUAUGCAGUAAGCCAAGCCCAGUUCGUGAGAAGGUUAACUGCUGAGUGUGUUCAUUGGGAACACAAAAUGACACACUCUAAUCUCCACUCAGCCUUAGGGAAGCAAAUAGAUCCUAUGCCUUGUGUAAACCUUUGUUUUGAAACAUUGGCUGCUAUCUCGAAUGGCUGGCUAAGGUUUGGAGCGAGUUUAAACCUAGUUAGCAGCAACGUCUGCCUUAAAAUACACAUUUUCUCCACGAACGUCAAAUUGAAGAGUGGAGCCUCUAAGUGUUUCAGUAACUAAUAGGGAUAGAAAACUGCAUAAUAUAAAGACAAGGUAAUAUCUUCAGGCGAAUAAGCAGCCAAGUUAUCGGCACCAAAAAAUCGCUAAAAUUUGCCGGAAAUAAAGUUUGGCCACACUGUAAAAAAACCAACGCCCAUUAUAAACGCAUCUUUGCAUAAUUUGAUUGUAAACAUGUAACCGUUUCAAAACAUUUAUUGGGAAAUAAACGUGUUUCGGCAUUGUGUCUUGUUAUUAA